CAAUGGACCUAAUUCAAGCCCAUUAAAUCCAUCCUCUUCAUUUAACACUCAAUUCAUCACUCCAAACCCUAGGGGUUUCUCUUCAUCUCUGCAAACUGAACAUAACUAGGGUUUCCCAGAAGUGCUGUUCUGUUCCAUCAUUACCUUUCUCACAGACCUGUGAAGAUGUACACGUCCAGGCAAAAGAUUCACAAAGAUAAGGAUGCUGAACCUACUGAAUUUGAGGAGUCUGUUGCACAGGCUUUAUUUGAUAUGGAAAACACCAACCAAGAGCUGAAAAGCGAAUUGAAGGACCUUUACAUCAAUGCCGCAUUACAAAUUGAUGUGUCAGGAAACAGGAAGGCUGUUGUUAUCCAUGUCCCCUACAGACUUAGAAAAGCUUUCCGCAAGGUCCAUGUCCGCCUUGUUAGGGAACUGGAGAAGAAGUUCAGUGGGAAGGAUGUAAUCUUCAUUGCUACGCGGAGAAUAACGAGGCCUCCAAAGAGAGGCUCUGCUGCUCAACGGCCCCGUAGCAGAACUCUUACUUCUGUUCAUGAUGCCAUAUUGGAGGACUUGGUUGUACCUGCUGAGAUUGUUGGAAAGCGUACUAGGUAUCGCGUUGAUGGAUCCAAGAUAAUGAAGGUAAUCUUGGACCCAAAGGAACGAAACAACACCGAGUACAAGCUGGAGACUUUUUCAGCUGUUUACAGGAAACUAUCGGGCAAAGAUGUUGUGUUUGAGUACCCCAAUGCCGAGGCUUAGGAUACAAAAUGUCUUCCUACUUCUGGAGAAGAGAUUACCUUCCUUUUUGCAAUUUUGGUGUUUAUAUUAUUUUAUCUAGAUGCUAGGGAACAAUGUGAAAUUGCUCUCUGUUUUCUCUUAGCUCUCCUAGAUUACUGGCUUGUUUGUUGAGUUUAGUUUCUUUGCUGUGCUCUUUGGUCUGUGUCAGCUCAAUUGUUUGGUUGUCUCCUCUUGGUCUUAAAACUAAGUUUAGUGCUGCAAGCUAUCUGCUAGUGCUGUUUGCACUUGGGUCAAUCUAUAUUGGAAUUUUUGGUUCUGCUUUA